AAAUGAUAACAUUUGUCUGGUUUGUUUUAAGACGCCUCUUUCAUGGUUCUGUUUUGAUUGAUUUAUUUCUAUUGUAUUUCAUACCUGCGAUUGGAGUGGCUUACUUUUUGUGGGAGUAGAAGUGUUGUCAGAACAGCGAACACCUACAUGCUCUGAGCUCAUCCGAGCAGUUUCAUAAAAACUAUCACCAUCCUAUUGGAACUACCAUAUGUGGUAAAAAUCAAAGUUCUCUAUCCUGUUGUUUUAGGGCUACAUAAAACUCCUGGCUAUCUAGCCCUUAGAAGAAAGAACCUGCCUUUUGUAUAUAGACUCCCUCACAAACUUCCAAAACUUUCUACAGCCAGCGAAAAACUUUUUGAACUGCCGUGCUGCAGGAAUAUGUGGCAAACAAUUUGCUCACAAGGUCCCAGGAGCAGCAAUACCAGAGUGACUGAAUAAUCCAUUUUACAGAUGAUGGUUGAAUGGUGAAAAUUGACACUCCAACUGCUGAUUGGAAUGCUGCUGAAUAUGUGGAUCUGGAACUUUUAUUGUCCAGAUUACGCAGCAAUCAGCGAGCAUUUACCUACUGAAGCGCCGUGACUGAAACAUUGUGGGACUUGGCACCAAGCCAAACGCAUCGACGGAUCGAUUCCAACAAAACUUUGCCAUUCGAGAGCCUGCUUGUUGAUCAGGUGCGUCUGACUAUGCACUUGGAAUAUUUUUGCUUUGGAAGUGGAGUCGUGGUUUUCAAAUUAUAAUGUGACCUAUCACGGGAGCGGAGUUCAAAAGUUAAAUUUGCGUGAGGCAACCUGUUGUUGCCAAUAUCCCAAGCGACUGACAACGCUGCGCAACAACACAAGAAGAGGACUUGAAUUUGGGUUGUGUGUGGGAAGUGCGAGCUUUGCAAAAGUCCCUCUAUCUCUCUCUUUCUCUGUCUCCUUUGUUUACUGAUGUUUGAACGUCUGGCUUCAAGUCCAGGGAUCGCACAACAAGGACAAAACAGUGUUUCUUGAGGAUUGGAUUGCAGUACGACCGACAUACGGCAGUAAGCAGACAGGUUUGGAAGAAAAAGUCUUCUGAAAAGUGUUUGAUAGAAUUGGCUUUUACAGUUUAAACCAUUAUCUUAUCGAGUAAGGAUACACCUAUGGAUCCAAAAGUUAGUCUUGUUCAAGCAAGUGGAAGAACUAACGCUGAAGAAGAGGCAACUACAUUGAGCAAGGAAGAUGAAUUCUUACGCCAUUUGUCACAAGAGGAAAAAGAAUGCCUCAGUUAUUUGAUUGAAACCAUUGACUCAUUAGAUGUGGAUUUGGAGCAAGAUGAUGAGGAGGGGCUGACAAAGGGGGAUGGCGUUAUCAGUGAUGGUUUUUAUGAGUUUCUAGGAAUGGUGUGCAGCAGUCGACAAACCAAAGAUACAGCGAGCGCAGAUGGUGCGGCUACCUGUGACAGUAUUGGAAUUAUUGGAAAUGUGGAUACAAUCAGCAGUAGCUCGCCUGCUCAAGUGAUCAGUGACAAAGAUACAGAGUCAAUUCCUGUGGGUGAUACAACACCAAACCAAGCAACAACAUUCAAAGAGAGCAAGCAAAGGAAGGAAUCAAUGAAACAUCAAGGAUGCGAAACGAUAAUAGCAUUGGAAACCAAGCCCUCAGACCAGUCCAGAGAGACUUCAACUGAUGAACAAAGUUCAUCCAGAACACUUACUUUGCUUCCUGCUCAUGCUAAAAAGUUUGACACCAUUUUGAGGUCAGGGGUUAGUGUGCAGGAGCUCCGAGCCCAGGUUCUAGCCCGGCUUAGUGGGUCUGGCCAGAAGAAACCAAGUGGUCAGAUGGAGGGUUUGGCUGCUCAGUCCGAUUCCCUCCGAUUGCUUGGAAGGCCUGAGCAAAAGGCAGCAAGGCAAGAUGCUCUUCAAAGACUAGGACUUGUGAAAUUUGCUGGAGGCUUUUCUAACAGCAACAACUCCUCAUCCUCUCAACCUUUUGCAACAGAAGGAACUCAACAGUUAAAAUCUUUGCAAUCACCAAAAGAAACAGACCAUAGAGAAGCUUUGAAAAAGCUGGGUCUGCUAAACUUGGGAUCUUGAAAAAUUGUCACAGAAAUCUGCAGGAUUAGAGGACUAGUUCAUAUGUUAUUUUUCUAAAAUUUCUCGACUUGUGCAGUCACUGGUCAGUUAGUUGCUGAUUGGCAUUCUCAGUAAGGUUCCCUGCCCUCAAUAAGGCCAGUAAAAUGUGUCAAGUAUGCAGCCUUCCAGUAUACUCAGGAAAAUUUGUUAAUGAAGCAGCCUUUUGUAAAUACAGGAUAACAAAGUGUGAAGCUGGAUGAACACAGCAGGCCAAGCAGCAUCUCAGGAGCACAAAAGCUGACGUUUUUGGCCUGGACCCUUCAUCAGAGAGGGGGAUGGGGAGAGGGUUCUGAUAUAAAUAGGGAGAGAGUGUCAGCUUUUGUGCUCCUUAGAUGCUGCUUGGCCUGCUGUGUUCAUCCAGCUUCACACUUUGUUAUCUUGGAUUCUCCAGCAUCUGCAGUUCCCAAUAUCUCUGAUCACAAUCUCUUCUAUAAAUACAUUUCUCUUUUUCUGCCAUAGCACAUUUAACAAGGACAUGGUGUUGAUCCUCUAUCUUUUGGAUGGAAAUAGGACUCUGAGCAUCAGUCUCUAAAUUUAAAUAAAAAGGGUGAGCGAUUUAUUGAUGCCUUGCAGCGUGGAAUCUGCACUAGGAGCACAAUUAUGGGUUAAAGCCCAUAUCCUGGCACUGCAUUGUGCAGGCCUAGAAACUGCUGUGCACUGCUGCAUUGUGUUCCUUCCCUCUGGCAAAUUGAAAUUACAUAGCGCUCAUAUAUCAAGUGAUCAAAUAUUUGUUAGAUUUCUAUUAAUCAUGGUGUUUUUAGUAUCCUGUAUCUGCUUACUGUUUUAUUGGUCACUCUAUUGUUUACGUUACUCAUCAAUUUCAUAUACAUAUGCAUACACUUAUGUACACAACAUAAGAGUACUUGUGUGCAGGAGUCACACUUUGAAUAAUUCAUAUUCUGCCCAAUAUGCUGUUUGCUGUGGCUUGAAGAAAAAAAGAAAGAACAACUGAAGUGUAUUUUUUGUUAACUUCAAUGAAAAAGAGAAUUGGCAAGUUGUGACAUAACAUUGUUGCCCAAGAUCAAUUUCAAGCUUAAAUUUCAUCUACUCCUAAAUUAGCAGUUCCAGAAACAAUGUCGUCUCUUUUCUGCUGCUGCAUUUUGCAUGCUGUUUUUGUUUUUGUAAUACUUAUUCAUCCAUUCAAGUUCUGUUUUUACAUUAAUUGAAAUACGAGGUUCUGAUGAAGGACUUAUGUCACAAACAUGUUGCCUAUCUUUCUCCCUCAGGCGUUGAUUGACAUCGUAUUCGAUUUCAAGCAUUUCCUGUUUUUCUUGCAUGACUCGGAAAUUUUUCCUUUUACAAAAUCUACAAAUCUGCUAGUUCAUCAAAGGAGUAGGUGGAACAAGAACACAGUCACAAAAGAUUGCGUUCCCUUCUGGGCCCCCUUUUGAGUUCAUUCUUGCUUGCCUGUCCUGGUCAUGUUAGCCGACAGCAAUUAGUGUGGCUGUCUUGCUUGGGCAGAGUUGUUGACUUGGUCAGUCUUCACCGCUACUGUAAGUGUUCACCAACUACAAGCAAAACUGCAUAUGACUGAGAUGUAUCAUGAGCUGAUCAACAUGGAAAGGCUUCACCCCCAAAGCUGUACACAUUUGAGCAAAGUAAUACCCUGGUUACGAAAGAUCCAUGAAGACAUUUGUACUCACCAGACCAUGGAGGAACAAUUCUACGUUUACGGGUACUCACUCUAUAGUUUUGUGAGCACGAGUUUCCCAAUUUUGGCUAACAAAAUUGUGUCCACGAAUGUAAUUCCAGCAGGCUGGGCUGUUAAUGAGCAUUCAUGACAUGCUGAUGGUUGCAAAACAGGUUUUUGACUUUGUCUCUGAUGAAGGGUCUAGGCCCGAAACGUCAGCUUUUGUGCUCCUGAGAUGCUGCUUGGCCUGCUGUGUUCAUCCAGCCUCACAUUUUAUUAUCUUGGAAUUCUCCAGCAUCUGCAGUUCCCAUUAUCUCUGAGGUUUUUGACCGUGAUGGUUGAGAAAGCCAACCUGCCUGAAAUAUUCUGAGAGCUUUACGGCAAAACUUUAACCCAUUGCCAGGAAAGUCCUGCAGCAUUCUGUGUUGGGUCCUUAAUUAUUCACAAUAUUCAUUAUUGACUUGAAUAACGUCAUAAACAUUGAAAUGCCCAAAUUUGCUGAUGAGACAAAAUUGGGCAGCAUUGUUGACAGUACUGUUGACAAAAUUGCUGCUGGAUAUUAAAAUAUUAGGUGAAUGGGCUAAGCUGUGGAAAAUGGAUUUUUUUAAUAAGCAAUUGUAAGGUAUAAGGUUGUAUAACUGCAGCAUAACAUUUGCUUCCCACACUCCAGCCCUUUAGAUAUGAUAGCCAGCAAUUCUAUUAACCAUUUCGGGUUAAGAAAGGAUAGAUCAGGGCGUUUUUGAGAAGACAUGAAGUUAAGUACAGUGAACACUGAAUGACAUUUGGGGAUUCAGGUGCUAAACUCUUUAAAAUGCCACAAAUAGCUGUAGAAAAUAGGAAGGUUAAUAGAAUU